GCACGGCCCUUCCAACGGCAACUGAGUAACAAAUAUUUUAUUAACCAGAAAUGUAAAAAGCAUCUGCGAAAAGAAGUCCAGGCGUUUCUUUCGGGAAAAAUUCAAGUAGGAAACAAAUAGUAAACAUCAACACGGAAAUCAUGCAUGUUUUUAGAUUUACUAAUCUAAGAAGUGUAUCAUUACUUCAAAAAUCAUUUGCUAUUAAACAGAGUUGUUUGCAAAAAAGAUUGAUAUCACUGAGUCAUAAAUUAAAUGAUGCUUCUUGCAUUUACCGUAAUGGUUUUGCUGUUUUCACACUUCCUCUUCCUUCACGUCAAGAAAACUGUCAGUUUUCGCUGCGACCUGUCUCUCAAAAUGUGAAAGAUCUUGUUUCUUUUAUUCAAGAAGAAGAUAAAGGUGUUGAUCGUGUAGUUGUAUACUCUAUGGAUGGAACACGUAUUGCGAAUGCCACACCCAUUGAUAUGCUUAUUCAGCAGAAUUUUAAAAUAAAAAUAAAUGAUAAACUAUUUGACAUUGUUCCUCCAAAACCAGAAAACUUCCCAAUAGUUCCAACUGAGACUUUAUCAAACGUAAAGUCCCUGGUCAGCCAACUUUACACUGAUUUAACUAUACAAGACUACAAGGAGCGACGUGAAAAGACAAUUAAUGAAUGCAUAGAAUCUCUUAAACAUGAACUUAAUCCUCUUGAAGAACAAAAAGCAAUCAUAGAUGCCAAAGCUGCAAGAAAAACUGAGUUUCUUGUUUGGUGUGGAUUAGGCUAUAUGGCACUACAAUUUGGAUUCCUUGCUCGUUUAACUUGGUGGGAAUACUCAUGGGACAUAAUGGAGCCAGUUACGUACUUUGUUACGUUUGGAAGUAGCAUGAUUUUCUAUGCAUAUUUUGUGUUAACGAAGCAGGAGUGCACAUACCCCGACGCCCGCAAUCGUUCUCAUUUAUUAUCAUUCUAUCGAGAGUCCAAAAAAUUUAAUUUUGAUACUAACGCGUACAACUUGAAGAAAAAGCAAAUUGACCAAUUGGAGUAUGAGCUGAAGCUAUUACAGUCACCUCCAGUUUAUGUAGAUAUUGCGAAACCUUUAGAAAAUUAGCGCGUCUAACUUAUUUAUAUCACUGCAAUUGCGAUGUUUAAAGGUUACUCAAAAUGUAAGUAAAAUAUAUCGUGAAAUGUAGAACAGCUUGUUGCGGCUGUAUCACGUUAUACGUUGGCGUUUUUAAUCGAUACUAAUAAUAUCUAAUUCUAGAUAAAAAUGAAAAUUAAACUUUUCUUUUUCUUUCCAUAAGUUUGUAAUUUUCUUUUUAGUAAGAAAUUGUGUCGCUAAGUCA